UUUACUUUUUUAAAGUAUAUAAGAAGUUCACGAGUGGGCGUGAGCCAAGAGGAAAAGCGAAACUACAGUAAAAGUCAAACUUCCUGCUUGAUGGUGUCUCAACAAAUGUCAAGCAAAGGCUGUAACAAUUAGGCUUGAGUGUUGGACCUGUCUGGACCACUUCAGGCUCUUCUGAUAAUCAGCCCUCACCAGAUUGCAAUAGUACAGUCUGGUCUUCAACUGAGGAAAAAGUGGACGAUUGAGUUCAGAUGUUUGGAUGAGAGUAAUUGUAAACCAUUAACAUGGGGAACAGCUCCUGCUGCCCAUCUUCAAACCCGUGUAAUCACACGGUGGAUGAAACUCAGGGGCUGCUGAACUCACCUGAUUCAAAGGUUUCAGCCAGGCCGCUAACCACUGAUGGCGUCAGCCAAACACUGGAGGUUGAGGGAAGCAAGAAAAAUGAUGCAGACUGGAUAAGACAAGAAAAAGAUGCAGUGAGCACGCAACCGAUAGCAGCUCCCAAGUCUACCGAGGGGCCUGUACAAAGUUCUUAUGGUUCUGUUAUCCAGAUACUCCACACGGAUGUCUCCCUCGCUGCACAAGCUAGCCAGAGUGCCUCACCUGUGUCGAAAGUGCCAGAGGAACAAGUAGAUGCAGCUAUUACAGCCACAGAAACAAAAAAGGAUGAUGAGACUAUGGGAGAGACCCAGACUUCUGCCACUGAAGUCACUGAUGCAUUGGCAGUUAAAGCACCAACAGAGUUGGCUGCAGCUAAAGAGGAAACAGAAGCUCAGAUAACUGACACACUGGAAAAAGAAGACAAAGCAGGCAAGCCUAAGUUGAUGGUACAUGAUGCAACAGCAGAAGGUCCAGCUGAUGAGCAACAUGGUGCGCAUGUGGACACACUGAAGGAGGUUGCUGAAAACAACACUGAGAAGAGGCCAGCUGAAGCUGAUAAAAAUGAGGAUUCUGCUGAGACAAAUAGAAAGAAAGAAGCUAGUGAGGUUGAUCUAGAGAAGGAGGAACUUAAAACACCUGUACAACAUUUACCUGUGAUAGAUAGCCUCCAUACCACUGAGCCAGUUCUGAAUAACUCAGCAAUGGAUGAACUUGAAGUAAAAGAGUUGCUGACUCCUAUGGACAUGGCACAGAACAGUGUAGAUACCUUACUACCAGAAAAUUCCAGUGCAGAACCACUGGUAUCUUUAUCAGAGCCCUCAUGUAAGGUAGAAAAAACAUUAGCCAUUGAAAAAUCAAUUGCUGAUAAAGUGCUGGAAAACCAUGAAGAACAUGUUGUUUCCAACAUGACUGAAAUGAAGGAAGAAAGCUUACCUCGUAAAACUCAGGAAACUUCAGAGCAAGAGUCCUCUCCAGCAAUGAAAAUUAGUGCGGAACCCACUGUGACUUAUAUAGAAAAUGGCCAAGUGAAUGACUUGACUUGUGAUUUGAAAGAUGGAAACCCUGCUGAGGUGAAUGUAGAAGUACCUCAGUUGAUUGAGAUAUCGCCGAUACCUUGUGAGGAACCUUCACCUAUUGAGAAUCAAGAGCUGAUGUGUGAACCCCCUGCAGGCAGUAAGAGUACCAGCAUUGCAGAGGAGAUGAAGAAACCAGAGUCCACAGACCCUGCAGAAGCCCAGCAGACAAUCACUGAGUGUACAAAAAAGGAAGGAGAUCCUGGAGAGAUCUUUCAGAAUGGUUUGUACACACAUGGUCCUCUAGAGAAGCCCGAAUCUACAGAGAAGCCCAACGAACAAGUUGAUGAAAAUGAGCCUGAAAGGAACGUCACUGGUCCAAGUGAGGCAUUCUCAUUGGAUCAUGACUGCAUGGAAGCAAUGGAGCCAGCACCCCAGGCGAGCGAGAAUGAUGAGACAACAGCAGAAGACAAAAAUGAGAUUGCAGAAAGCAACCAGGCCCGAAAAGGAGAAAUUAUUUUCAGCACUGGUCGUGAUAUGAAAGUUGCACUGAUACCAGUGAGUGACAUAGGAAACAUUGCAGAGAAGGAGGAUGAGCACAAAGACAAUGAAGACCUUUACCGGGGAGAUGAUGAGAUUGAACAAAAGCAGGCCAAAGAAAUGAAACUGAUGCCACUCCUGGAGUUUAUAAUCCCUGGAGUGGAGGAGAAGUGCAGCUUAGCACCUCCUGUUGACAUUUUGGCUUACAGUGAGAGAGAGUGGAAGGGAAAUACAGCCAAGAGCAAUCUCAUCAGAAAGGGCUACUCUGAGAUAUCUUGUAGUUUCACUGGGUUGAGAAGAGUGAGGGGGGACAACUACUGCUCUCUGAGAGCUACGCUGUAUCAAGUGCUGGCCACUACAACGCACACACCAGCCUGGCUACUGGAGGAAGAUUUCACAUCGUUACCAGAGAAAAUUGAAGCUCAGGAACACUUGAUCGGUAUAUGGGUGUUCCCCCCUCAGUGUGUCAAAGCAGGAGAUAAAGAGGAUGCUGUGGAGAAACUUAAACACUAUCUGGAGCUCCUGCAGAAAAGAUGGCAGGAAGCAGCAGAGGCAGAGAGCCUAGAGGAUAAGGAGAGCGUGUGCGAUCAUGUAUUUCAGGGUGGAGAAGAGGAGUACGCUCUUCUGGAGGUGCUGAAGUUCCUCAUGCUGGUCAAGGCGGUGGAGCUUCAUAGCAAAAUGCAGGCAGAACAGGAAGUGCCUGUCUUCUGUUGGCUACUGUUCGCACGGGACACAUCUGAAAAUCCCAAAAUGUUCUUCAGCAAUCACCUGAGCCAAGUUGGCUUCAGUGGUGGCCUGGAACAGGUGGAGAUGUUUCUGCUCGGUUAUGCCUUACAGCACACCAUUCAAGCCUUCCGCCUCUAUAAGACGGACACAGAGGAAUUUGUGACACACUACCCUGAUGACCAUAAGCAUGACUGGCCCUGUGUGUGUCUCAUCACAGAGGAUGACCGCCAUUACAAUGUCCCCAUCAGGAAGCCGACACAAUACAGAAUGUAACAUCAUUGUGUUCUGACCUCACCUGAUUGGUCAUUAUCAAGAUUUCUGGAAGGUGAUUGGAUUGGAGGAAGAAAAUUGGGAGUGAAACUAUGACAUCACCAUACUCUGCCUUCACCUGAGUAAUUAACAAUAUAAUAUCUGGGAAGUCUUUAGUUAUUAACAGGAUUUCUGGGAGGUGAUUAAAGGAACAGAGUUAAAGUGAAUGAAAUAAUUCUAAGAGAAGAAUAUGUACAUCUAAUAUUUGCUUGCAUUUGGAUAAAGUUAACUGUUUGGCUAAAGCUAAUAGCGAUAACAGAAGCACUCAGGUUUUUUGUGCAAUUCAUUUACAUUCUUGUUUAGAUUUUGUGUUCGUGUACGUUCAAUUCUAAUUCACUCCGUUGUCAUGUUUAGAAUGAAGUUAUGCAUGAUGGUUAUAAAACUACCCUGCAACUGUUUUAGUAUAAACUGAUUUCAAAACUUCUUAGAGUUCCAAGUGUGCAAACACAAUGUCGCUAAUGGUGAUACAAACUGACCUUAUAGAGACUACUCUGAGAUACAACAUUCAGUCAUGUCAACCAGGCUUGUAGUACUCAUGCCCUAAUUUUAAGGACUCAUGACUUGAGCACUGAUGACUUGGACUCGUACAUUAACUGCAUUCGGACUCGUAAAUUGGAGACGAGGGCUCUGAUUUUUUCAUUUUUUUUGUAACAUGCCACAAUUUGGCAUAAGAUAUAAAUAUCUACGGUAAAUUAUUUUUAUACUAAUUUCAUGCAAGAGAAAGCACAUUCACCUGUUCAUACGUCAGGUUCAAGAACAAAUGUUAACGGCGCUAAAAUGCCUGGAGAAAAGCCCCUAGGAUUGUCCGCUUUGCUUAUACAGACUUCUCGUGCAGUGGGAAAAAAUGCACUGCUAUGUGCUCCAUAUGCAGAAGAACUAUCGAGGAGACGACGGUGACAACCUCGAACUUCAGGUCAUCAUUUGCUAAGACUCCACCCAGAGAAGGAAGUGACACGCUAUGUUCAUUGCUCUGUUGAUAGCAGGGCUUGCUUGCUGAGCGAUGAACUAGCUAGUAGUGUUAACAUUCUCUCAUGUUGUUUGCCCUGUUGAGAGUGGGCGGGGCUUGCUGAGCGAUGAACAAGCUUUUUAUCUGUAGCCUAUUAACUAAAAUGGGGCAGUCAAGCAGUAAUGUUAGUCCAACACAGUAGCAGAGACGCUUUCACAUAAAAGCAACAACAGCCGCUGUCAACUGGUGUGGCUGGAGUCUUGUUCUCAGGCUACAUCCACACGACAACGGCAACGAGAUGUUAUUUAAAAAAAUAUCGCGUCCAAAUGGGCAACGAUCAGUAAAAUAUCAGGUCCAUAUGGCAACGCAAUGCUUGCUGAAAACGAUGCAAUACACAUGCCACACCUCUAGGGGCGCUGUAAGACGGUCCCUUCGGAGACACCAGAACAAUAGAAGUAGUAAGGACGCAUGCGCAUAAACUAUUAUGCGCGAGACUUCAUAUUAGCCACAAAGUCAGGAAAAUCUGUUCGUAAAAUUACAUUAUAAUGACCAAAUACAAUGAAAAGUAUUUUUCCAGUCUCACCUGUGAAAGGUAAUCCCAUGUGAUCUCGUUUGGACGGCAAACCUGUUGGUACAGUUAAACGCAGCUAAUCUUUAUUCUCCGCUUUGACCUAUCCAAUAUGGCGGCGAGGAUGACGUAUGAUUCUACGCGGAAGGCGGCGUCUUUAAUGGUCCGGAAUAAAUUGAAUGCUACACGUUGAUGGAUUAAUUUGUUGUUUCUCACCUGUGAAAGGUAAUCCCAUGUGAUCUCGUUUGGACGGUAAACCUGUUGGUACAGUUAAACGCAGCACAUGAAUCUUUAUUCUCCGCUUUGACCUAUCCAAUAUGGCGGCGAGGAUGACGUAUGAUUCUACGUGGAAGGUGGCGUCUUUAAUGGUCCGGAAUAAAUUGAAUGAUACACGUUGAUGGAUUAAUUUGCUCUUCUACGCCCUUCUUGAGGAAUGUAUUGUAGGAUUUAAACCCACAUCUGAAGAGGUGAGAUCGCUCCUUUUUUUUUCCCUAUUUUUGCUGGCGGGAUUGACUCUGCCCUAAGGGCAGAGUCUCUCUCUCUCUCUCACUUUGCACCAUUACACAAUAAAUAUUCACAGUGAAAAUAUUUUGUAAGCGCGUUUCAUGAACCAAGUUAUAGGAUUUGUUGACAACUCGCAUCGAGUUCGUUACACUUCUACCCGGCGUGAAGCACUCACAGUCAUGUGGUUGUGACGUCAUUGUAAACAAAUCCGUUCUACUCAUCCAGAUGACUUCGCAACAGCAACGUUGCCAGAUCUUUCCACUCUGGAACCCGUUCUCAAAAAGAUUGUGUUUUGGGCACCCAAAACGCCGGUGCCGUGUGGACGCCAGGCCUAAACGAUAAGCAAUUGUAUCGGAGUCACCUGAAUCCGUUGCCGUGUGGACAGGGCCUCAGACUCGACUUAAAAUUUUCUUGAAAUGACUUGACUCUGACUUGAACACUGGGGACUCGAGACUGGACUUGGACUCGAGGUUUAGUGACUCGACUACAACGCUGGCGUGAACACAUCCACAUAUCCCUGAAAUCAUUUUUAUGCCUUGGUCAAAACUUAAAGCAAUUAGGUCAAGAAAAAAAUGAUUUUUUUAAGCCAGUAUCACAUUUAGACAGAAGACACUUGAGAGUUCAUGGAUUUAUAGUUUAACAUUUAGAGGUGGGUGAUAAACUGCAACGGUUGUGCAGUCGGGGGCAUUUUGCUGGCAUUGAUUAGUUCCAUUUGUCCCCUUAGCCCAAAGCAUCACUGGAAAUCAAGUCAUUUGCAUGUAUUGCCAAAAACCUCAGACAUCCUGAUGGGAGCAGCGUCUUUCAGCAUGACCCUGCCCACAUCAGUAGAGCAUGAGGGCUCACUGAAUAGGUUCAUGAGGAUUAAAAUCAUAUGCUAGAGCCUUCAAGUCACCACAUUUAAGCCUGAACACCGACAAGAGAGUGAUGUGUGUGAUGAGAAAUCAUUCUCCACUACCACCAUCAAAACACUAGUUAAAAUAAUAUCUUUUCGAAGAAUGGUGUUCAUCCCUCCAGUCCAGUUCCAUAAAUUUAUAGAAUCAACACCAUCGUCUUACUAACACACUUUAAGAUGGUUUUCCUUUAAUUUGCCAUCUGUCUGUAUGUUUAUGCAUGUAUGUGUAAAUCAUUAUAGCUAAAGAACUGAAGUUUUUGAAAGCUACUUUAUAACACGGGUUGCAACAUUGGCAGUGUAGAGUCUUAAGAUUAUCGUGCCAAAUAUUUUAGGAGGAAACCUUAAAACCAUUUGAAAGAGGUAGUCUGUUACUUUAAAGUGUUGUUUUCACAGACUACACCAGAUGUUCUCCUCAGACCACAAGGAUAGCAGCCAUUCCACAUUUUUUUUUUUUUUACUAUUCUGGCUCCCAAAACGUCUGAACUGUGUAAUCAAGGGCUGUGGAGCACUUUUAUUUAUUUUUCUCUGGCUCCAGUAUGCUUCAAGCUGGAAUAGGAAAAGAAAUGGACUACACUGCUGGACUUGAUUGUUGGACUGAGGACUAGCUAAUUUUGCUACACUUGUACCCAUGAUGAUAAACAUCAUUAACAUACAAACAAAGAGAACACCCUGGAUAGAAAUUUGAUUCGGUUAACCUUCCAGGCAUUAGCACAGAACAUUUACUGCCCAGUUACCACCUCAUCCCUUUAUCCAGCAACCCACUUUAUUGAAAUGUGUGCGUCGAUCUCUUUAUAUUUAAUUUGAAAGAUGAAGUUGGUGGAACGUGUUCCAUAGCUGUUUAGAUAACGAAUGAAACCUGGCUUUUAUGUGUUUUUAAUUCUGUAUUUCUUUCUUUCAUUAAUUAUGUAAUAUCUUUUGAGUUUGUCUCAAACUGCUGCCAAAACGUUUUACUAUUUUGUAAUGUAUAACUGAAUGAAAUCUGAUGUUAAAUGGUGCUGUAGAAAAUGUCAGUCUUGCAUACAUGCACAUUUUUUAAAGUCUACAUCGUUUAUCAUCAGGCACGUUUUCUGCUUCAGGAGCAAAAAGUCAACAUUUUAUUUAUGGUUAGCCUGAUUAAUUUGGUUCAGUAUUGUGCAGAAAAUGGAAAGAAGUUCUGUUGAAUGUGUUUUUUUUUUUUUUGUUUUUUUAAUGUAACGUUGAAGCUCUUGUUUGUGGAAGCAUAAAUAUUUUAUGAAUAAUGUUUACAUCAAGUUAACGUACUAUUAACCACCACUGGACAGACCUUUAAGCAGAUUUUUAUUUGACUAAACAGACAGCAUAGUUACUUUAAUUGCAAGGUUAACAAGUAACAUAACUUGUUCAUACAAAAUGAUGCAAAAUAAAAAACAUGCAACUACUAA